CGAAAUCCGAAACUUCGCCUCGAAGAAACCUGUUUUAUCUUCAACAGCAGCACCGUUUCUUCUUCCUCUGCAGUCAAUCAGACCUUUACGAGAAAAAGGCUGAAUAUAUAUCAAAAACAGAAAGCAGAAAAGCAACAGAAUGGCUUCAAUCAGCUUGUUUUCAGCUCGCGCAGGCUUGAAAUCUGCAAGCCGACACCUCGGACUGUGUCUCAGCUCCGAACUCGCACCACGGCCGGCUGUAGCUCUGUUUCGCCAGCAAAGCGACAGACAAACCAACUCGAUCCGACAAUUUUCAAACACGAGCGGAAGGCUGAGUGGGCAUAGUAGAUGGUCGACGAUUAAGCAUGGCAAGGCUGCGCACGAUUCGGCGAGGGCGGCGAUAGCGACGAAGCAUAGUCGACUUAUCAUCUCUGCUGCUAAGAUUGGAGGCCCGGAUCCUGAGAACAACCCGCGCCUGUGGAACGCCAUCGAGAACGCGAAGCGCAACCAAGUUCCGAAGAAGACAAUUGAAAGCGCCCUGCGACGCGCAGCCGGCAUCAGCGAUAAAGACGGAAAACAGCUCGAGAGUGUAACAUACGAGGCUUCCGGGCCUGGAGGAUGUGCUAUAAUUAUAGAAGCAUUGACGGAUAACAAGAGCCGGACUGUAGGCUUUGUACGCAACGCGUUGACGAAAUCCGGCUGCAGUCUCGGCCCGAGUCUGUUCUACUUUGACCGCAAGGGCCUCAUCCGCAUCGUCAGACGCACGGGCGACAACGCGAGCGAAAUCGACUUUGACGAGAUCUUCGAGCACGCGCUCGAAGCUGGCGCAGAGGAUAUCAAGCUCGUCGAGGAUUACUUUGAAGAAGACGAUCCGGACCAUGGCAAGCCUGUGUACGAGAUCGUGGUCGAGCAGGCUGAGACGGCGAAGGUCGCGCAGGAAAUGAAGGAUUCGUAUGGUUAUGAGAUUAAGGAGAUGGGGAUCGAGUAUAUCCCUAAGGAGGACAGUGAGAUCGAAUUGGAUGAGGGGCAGGAAUUGCUUAUGCAGAAACUGAUGGGUCUGCUGGAUGAGGUUGAUGAAGUUCAGGAAAUCUACACUAACGCUAAAUAAGACUUUUGCUUUCUAUUGGUGAACUUGGACUAUGAAUAAAAUAGAACUGGUA